AUGCUGGACUCCAUCGCGGAGCUGCGCGCGCGCUUCGGGCUGGCGGCGGGGAUUUGCGGCGGAGGAUUCGCUGUGUGAACGUGCACAUAAGACGCGAGUCGAAGGACAAGUGUGUGUGAGAGUGUGUGUGUGUGAGAUGAUCGAUGUGGGUUAACGUUACCGAGAGGACUGUCAGCCGCGUCCGUGUUCACACCGCGGAGAAGUUACGGGUGCACUUUUUCUUGUUUUUGAAAAGACUGCAACAUUGAAUUGUUUGUAUUUUUUUUAAAUAAUAGGUGGGAAAGAAAAAGAAGAAGAAAACAAACACAAACAAAGCACGCCUUUUGGAUCGUGACGCAUCUCCAGGCGCUGCUCGUGUUCAGAGAGAUGAGGAUGAAGAUGAAGAUGAUGAUGAUGAUGAUGAGUUAACUGCAUGGAGGAGCAGAGGGCCUUCACGGCCAUACUGUUUCCCCUUGUGGAUCUCCUACACCGAACCACCACCACCACCAGGCCCUGUUGAAGGAGGACUCCCUCGGACGCCAUGGCGUGGGUGCUGAAGAUGGACGACGCCACGAUCGAGUCGGGGCUCGUCCACGACUUUGACGCCAGUCUGUCCGGAAUCGGGCAGGAGCUCGGGGCUGGAGCUUACAGCAUGAGUGAUGUGCUGGCUCUGCCCAUUUUUAAGCAGGAGGACGGGAACUCCUCAGUCGAGUCGGAGAGUAAGAAUCCUCCGUUUCAGUACGUGCUGUGUGCUGCUACCUCCCCAGCUGUUAAACUGCAGGAGGAGACUCUCACAUACCUAAAUCAAGGCCAGUCUUAUGAGAUCCGUCUGCUAGAUAACAGGAAGAGGGGGGAGAUGGAAGAACUCAACAAGACUGUGAAGAGUAUAGUGAGAGUCGUGUUUCAUGACCGGAGGCUGCAGUAUAUGGAGCAUCAGCAGCUGGAAGGCUGGAAGUGGAAUCGCCCCGGCGACCGUCUCCUUGACAUCGAUAUCCCUAUGUGUGUGGGUAUCACUGAACCGCGCACUCACGCCUCCCAGCUUAACGCUGCAGAGUUUUUGUGGGACGUUUCGAAACGUGCGUCUGUAUUCGUACAGGUGCACUGCAUAAGCACAGAGUUCACGCCGAGGAAGCACGGUGGAGAGAAGGGCGUACCGUUCCGCAUCCAGCUCGAUACCUUCACACAAAAUGAGAACGGAGAGUAUCUGCAGCACCUGCACUCCGCUAGCUGCCAGAUCAAAGUGUUUAAGCCAAAGGGAGCAGACCGGAAACAAAAGACGGACAGAGAGAAGAUGGAAAAAAGGAGUGCGCAAGAGAAGGAGAAAUACCAGCCCUCCUAUGAUACAACUAUUUUGUCAGAGACACGUCUGGAGCCGGUGAUAGAGGAGGCCGUGGAGCACGAGCUAAAGAAGUCGAGUAAGCGCACGCUUCCUGCGGACUGUGGAGACUCAACAGCCAAAAGCAAGAGAGGCAGUUGUUCUCCUUGGCCUGACAAUGCUUAUGUGAACCCAAACACACCAUCUCCAGCGACAACCUUCACCUCAACCACACCUAACUCCUACAGCAACACUGUUCCUGAAAGUGAAUCCUCUUCACCCAAGCACCAACUAGAUAGUAGCCAGGUGGUGAUGGAGUCUUUAAGCCCGACCACUUCCACGCAGGAUGUGCAGCAGUGGCUUCUGAAGAACAGGUUCAACUCCUAUACCCGUGUUUUUACACAUUUCUCAGGUUCUGAUCUACUGAAACUGACUCGUGAAGAUUUGGUGCAGAUCUGUGGGCCAGCCGAUGGGAUCCGUCUUUACAAUGCACUAAAAUCAAAGGCAGUCCAGCCUCGGAUGACUGUGUACGUGUGUCAGGAGUGUGUGAGUCCCCUGCUGGAGAGACGAUGCCACAGCAAGAACGGAGAACAUGGCAGUGCCACAGCCAUAAACGUUUACCAUGCGCUUUACCUCGAAGAGCUGACCGCUCAUGAGCUGACCAGAAAAAUAUCCAAUGUGUUAAGCCUGCCGCUAACCCUCAUUAAUCAAGUGUACAGGCAGGGGCCUACAGGAAUACACAUAUUGCUCAGUGACCAGAUGGUGUCGAACUUCUCUGAUGAGAGUUGCUUCAUUGUCAGUAUGUUAAGAGACGACACCAGUGACAGAUUCCAUCUGGUUCUAAAGUAGAGGCGUUUUUGAAGACGAGCGGCUGAUGUCACUGAGGUUCUCCCGAGCACUGAACGCAAUGCUCCGUCUCCAUCCUUCUCUUCCUCCCUCCCUCUGUCUCUCUCUGUGUAUCUCCUGUGAGAGAGAGAGAGAUAGAGCAGAGGUUGGUCAAGGCCUCCUACCUGUUAGAAUCUGACUUCAGUGUAUACAUUGUUUCAUAUUGAAAACACUUUAACUGAUGAAAAUUUGUGUGUGUGAACGGGAAGGACAGCAUGCAUGUGUGUUUUAAAGAUGUAGCGGGAGGGAUGGAAGGAUGGAUUUAAAUGAGGAAAAAGAAAAAGGAAAACAAAAAAAAGAGUAGGUUUUUCAUGCACAGUCCUGAAUAAUGGGACAGAACUCAUGAACUUGGUCACGAAACUUCCCCUCGAUUUUACGGUUUGGUGAUCGCACCAUCUCCACUUGAAUAGUUUACCAUGCGUGAUAAUGGCUGUGCUUGUCCGAUUGCCUAAUGUACAUGUAUGUUAAAAAAGGACUGCACUUUUUUUUUUUUAUUACUAUUAUUAUUAUACUUUUCUAUUGUGAUAUUUUUUUUUCUUGACACCGUAGUGUCUGCACAGAUGAAGUGAUUCCUGUGUGUAUGAUCACCUGUAGCUUGUCGUGAGGUAUAGAGUUCGGGCAGUGUUUUCAUGCGUGAAGCUUUGAUACGUAAAGUAAAUUAUAACGCUGUCUGUCUGCUUCUACCGAGACCAAUCAUCUCUUGGUGCCAAAAUACCCGACUGUGUUUACUCGACGGCGUCAGACGACCGCCGACGUUUAGUCUGUACCUCUUUUUAGUUGACCAGCAACAUUUUAAAUUGAAUGUGUAUUUCUUUGCUGUAGUUAUGAUUUGUUAGAAAUGGCAACGUGUAUUUUGUCAUAUAAUGUUUUUUUUUUGUUUUUUUGCCCCUCCCCAUAUUUGAGACUGAUGUGGUUGGUUGGUUCAGCAGCUCUGCAGUGGGCAGCUUUGGCAUGUACUGUGCAUAUAUUAUUAUAAUUUUUAUUUUUUUUUUACCACUAAGCAUGGAGGGCAGAAAUGUUGCCUUCUUUUAAUUUUGAAAUAAAUGACCAAGUCUGCACUGAGGUGAACAUACAGGAGCUCCACUCUGCUGUACACGCUGGUGUGUUCGACGCCGUUCAGGAUAAAGGCGGAGGCUGCAUGCACCCAUCCUUCACACUCCUCGGCGGCGAAUAAAACGUGAUGAAGACUCGGCACCGUCAUCCUCUGUGGAUCAUAUGGGCCGUCCUGUGUGUUUCCAUAAGAGCAGUUAUGGUACUUCCAUAUCACUGUGUCUUUAAGGAAGCCUGUCAUGUAUUGUAAAAUGCUGGGAUGUACACACUUCAUGCCUGUAACAGAAAUAAAAUAAUUUUAAUAUAUCAUGCUUUUGAUUGCUUA